AUGGCAGCUCCAAACCUGGAAAACCAGCUGCAGAGUGCCCAGAAGAACCUGCUGUUCCUGCAGCGGGAACACGCCAACACGCUGAGGGGGCUGCACGCCGAGAUCCGCCGCCUGCAGCAGCACUGCACAGAUUUAACCUAUGAGCUGACUGUAAAGAGUUCAGACUUGUCAGGAACUGGCAUUUCAAGAAGCGACGAACUCAAGAGGAAGUGUGAAGAUCUUGAAGCUCAGCUGAAAGUCAAAGAGACUGAAAAUAAUGAGUUGCUGAAAGAACUUGAACAAAAGAAUGCGAUGAUAAUGGUGCUGGAAAACACUAUUAAAGAAAGAGAAAAGAAGUAUUUGGAAGAGUUAAAAAUGAAAAGCCAUAAGCUCAACAUGUUGUCAAGUGAACUAGAGCAGAGAGCAAGCACUAUCGCUUAUUUAACUUCUCAGCUGCAUGCCACUAAGAAGAAGCUGAUGAGUUCAAGUGGGACUUCGGAGGGGACCCCUUCUGGCAGCCCCGUGCUGUGCAGCUACAAACCGUCCCCCCCCAAGGAUAAACUGCCGGAGACUCCGCGGCGCAGGAUGAAGAAGAGUUUGUCCACGCCCCUCAACCCCGAGUUCGAGGAGGCCUAUCGGGCCGGAGCGGAGAGCCGGAAGCUGCUGCUGCGGGAGCCCGUGGAUGCCAUGCCUGACCCCACGCCGUUCCUGCUGGCCAGGGAGACAGCAGAGGUGCCUCUUGUGAAGGAGAGGCCCUUGGUGAUCCCACCCAUCGCUUCAGACCGCGCGGCCAGGGAGUCGCAGAGCCCGGCCCGCGAGAAGCCGCACAAGGCGCAUAUCGGGGUGGCCCAUCGGAUCCACCACGCGGCGCCCGCCCCACCACAGCCCCAGGUGGAAACCCUGGCAGUGGAUCAGGUCCACGGCAGCAAAGUGGUCAGAAAGCACUCAGGGACGGACAGAACUGUUUAA